CACAGCGCCUGCCGGUCGGGCCCCCGUACACACACCAGCAGCAGGUUCUCGCCUGCGGCUGCCAGGUCCUGACGAGCUCCGGGCCAACACGGAAAGUGCUGACUGGUCCUGGCCUUCCUUUGGGCCACAGCAGAGGCCCUGGUAGCUGCUGGCCUCGCUGAACUCGCCUGCCUCACUGAGAUGCGGGUGGGGCUGGGGGAGAGGGGGAGGAAGACCGGUCACCCCAGAGUUACCCGAAGCCUGCUGACGCCCUGACCAACCCCCCUGAGCAGCCCGGGGCGCGGCCCCCGGGAGUUUAAGGGGAUUGCCCAGGGCGCAGAGCCAGUGACCCGGACUACGCUCCCUUUGGCAACAGGGGUGGCGCGCGGGGAGCGUGCCUUUUGCAUCUGGCAGGCGCCGGGGGUACCGGGCGCAGCGCCCUGGAAACCUCCAGGGUUCGGGGGGCGCUCGGUAACCGAACUUAGUCAUGGAAAGCUCCUGGCCGAGCGCACAGGGCGGAUCUUUUAUCCGGUCCCAGAGGAAAGCUGUCCGGUCCGGUUGGGGCCGCGCUUGCGGCUCGCGUCACUCCCCUGGGAUUUAACAGCGGGUUAAUUUCCCGUCCUGGUCAAUCCUUCUGGAGUCCCUCGCCCCUCCCUCUCCGGCUGUCCGCGCUCCGUCCCCUCCGCCUCGGGCUCCCCCAGUCCGCCCGCGCUACGCUCAGUCGCCCCCGCGCGCCCCGGCGCACGCCCUCCCUGCCUUGACCGCCCUCAGUCUCCCAGCGUCGGGCCGCCGGCCCCGCGCGCAGCCCCGCUCCCGGGCUCGUCCCGAGAGCCGCGCCCGCGUCGCCGCGGCUGGCGCGGAUCCCCGGCCAUGCGCCCCUGCACCGCCCCCCGCGCCCCCGCGGGCGCCGCCGCCGCCGCCGCCGCCGCGCUCCGGCUCUGCAGCCUCCUGCUGCUGCUCCGGCCCGGGCACGCGUGCCCCGCGGGCUGCGCCUGCACCGACCCGCACACGGUGGACUGCCGAGACCGCGGGCUGCCCAGCGUGCCCGACCCCUUCCCUCUGGACGUGCGCAAGCUGCUGGUGGCCGGCAACCGCAUCCAGCGCAUCCCCGAGGACUUCUUCAUCUUCUACGGCGACCUGGUCUACCUGGACUUCAGGAACAACUCGUUGCGCUCGCUGGAGGAGGGCACUUUCAGCGGCUCGGCCAAGCUCGCCUUCCUUGACCUCAGCUACAACAACCUGACCCAGCUGGGCGCCGGCGCCUUCCGCUCGGCCGGGAGGCUGGUCCGACUGAGCCUGGGCAACAACCGCCUGGCGGGAGUGCACGAGGCCGCCUUCGAGACCCUGGAGUCGCUGCAGGUGCUGGAGCUCAACGACAACGACCUGCGCGGCCUCAGCGUGACCGCCCUGGCCGCGCUGCCGGCGCUGCGCACCCUGCGCCUGGACGGGAACCCGUGGCUCUGCGACUGCGACUUCGCCCACCUCUUCACCUGGAUCCAGGAGAACCCGUCCAAGCUGCCCGGAGGCCUCGAGGAGAUCCAGUGCUCCCUGCCCCUGGAGAACAGGAGGGUGUCCCUCCGCGAGCUGUCGGAGGCCAGCUUCAGCGAGUGCAAGUUCAGCCUCUCACUCACAGACCUGUUCAUCAUCAUCUUCUCCGGCGUGGCUGUGUCCAUCGCCGCCAUCAUCUCCAGCUUCUUCCUGGCCACCGUGGUGCAGUGUUUCCAGAGGUGCACCCCCAACAAAGACGCUGAGGAGGAAGAUGAGGACGAGGACGACUGAGCCACCCCUCCCACUCCUUGCUUUCCGGAAUGCACGUGGGUGGCUCCCCUCCGAGAAGAGAGGGAAAUGGCAAAAGGAAAACGACCCCGCCAGUGCCCAGAGCACAGAGCGGCGCUUGCUCGGUGCCUCACACCCAGGCGGGCACAGCGGGCCGGACCUCUGAGCUCAGAGUCUGGAAGCUGCGGAGCCAGGAGCUCAGGAAGGAUUCCUGGAGGAGAGGCUGCCUCUCUGCCUGAGGUGUGUGUGUGUGGGACAUGACUGAGUCGGGCUUCAUAGCCACUGGCUGAAAACCAUCCUAGGGGAUAUGAGACUAGCAGCUCUUGCCCACGAAGAUGAUUUGGGGAUGUCCAUGUCCCUGACCUGGCCCGGGAGACCACGCCACGCAUCUCCUUCCUCCCAAGAGGCAGCAGCUCAGACCGUGGGGGUUGGGGUCUCCGGUCCCUCUCCCGCAUUUGGCUAGAGUGGCACCGAGGAGAGAGCUAAGAACUGGCCACAGGGCGUUUGUUGUUACAUUUCGGUGAGCGGGUUGGGAAAACUUUCGUUUCCGGAACUCAGACCCUGAUCCUUACCUGUACAGGCAGCAAUCCAAAGAGGAAGGACAGGUGUUUCGUUCAGUCGUCAGGGCCUCUGCUCAGAGUUACUCUUCCCUCUGAAAGUGUUUCCCUUCCCUGUCCCCGCCCUCGGCCCCCUGAGUCCCUCCUCAGCCAAACAGCACCUGGCCGUUCUCUGUGCUGGCCCCGUUCCAGGACGUGUGCUAAAACCUUCCUGGUGGCCAGGCUUCCAGAAAGCAGGUGGCAUCAGAGCCACACAAUGGUACCAUAUGACAAACAAACGAACUGGGACUUGGCCUCUGAAAAACCUCCAUCCCUGGCCCUUGGGUGUGUGUGUGACCAUUUUUUGGAGCCUAGGCUGUGACAGGCAGUGUUUUCCAGGGUUGGAAGGCAGCAGGCUGCUCACAGACAAUGUUGAAAGAACGUCCGUCCAGGGCCCAGCGGGUUAAUGCACGACAACAUGGGGCAAACCUUCGGGGCAGCAGCCCUGGGCCUUGCUGGGUCCGGAGUUCGGGUGAGGGGCUCAGGGGAAGCUCCAGGGAUGCUGCUGGGCAUUGCAUCUCCAUUGUUCCUCAUAAUACACACAUGUGUCUGCC